UCUAUGAGUCUCCAUGUUAUUGAAGAAGAAAUAAGUGAGAGGCAGGCAUAUUUAAUAUACCUAAUUAACAUAAUGCAGCCCUACCUUUCUAUCUUUCCUUCUUUCCAGGCAGAUAGACACAUUCUCAAACUCAAUGUGUCAAGUUAUUACCACUUUCCAAUUUUUGUUUUCUAAAGACACUCUGGUUUGGCUAACAAGAAUGGGAUUAAAUUCACUGCUUGCAUAGAAUUUACUGGAGACUAUUUAAUGCACAACACAAACUUGAGAACGUUUCUAUCCAGCUUCUUGCUAAAUAUAUGCCUUUUUUUGACCUUUCAAGACAGUCAACUUGGGCCAGCAGUGAUGGCUUCUCCGUCCAACAAAGGAUGGGCUAGAAAGACGCAUAGGAUUCAGAGGCUGUCUCAUUAAAUCAUUCAAGGUAUAGUGCUCAGUUGCAUAUUAACCAGCAUUAUAUUAAAAAAUACUGAACAAAGGACCUGAAAGGCACUAGGGAAGACUCCAUAAUAGUUAUCCCUACUGAGGUGUUAAAUGAAUAUUAAAUGCUUUUUUCCAAAGUGUUAAAAUAAUUUUAAGAACAAAGACUCUUUUUUCAAAGCAAGCUGACCUUAUGUAAAAAACCAGAACAUUUAAAUAUGUUGUUCCAAGGGUUAUGUAAAUUUGAAGACUACUUCUUGCCUGUGCCUUUCAAUUACUGAUUAAGUGCUCAAACUAGUAUCCACAGUUUAACGUGGAAGAUUCAACUUCCUUAAUAAAAGUUACAUUUCACAUGGAGCACAGGUAUAAGGACCAAAAGCUUUGAGAGAAUAAAUCGUUUGUAGUAUUCCUGGAUACACAAAAGAUGAGCCUUAAAUAAAACAGCAGCAAUUACAGAAGUAGCAUCAGAGGAGACCCCAGUUAAAGUGGGAGGCUAAUGUUCCUUUAGACAAUUAGGCAAUUUCCUCACCUCUGCCAAUGUAUAUAAGAGAAGGGGAGGAGGAAGACCAAACUAACUUUGGGAAGUGACACAAGUGAAAAUGACCAAAGAGGAAAUUAGAUCAAGCUGUGUGGAGAAACACCAAUGUUUCUCUGUGGUGUUUAACCAUCUUCAGGUCAUUCAUAAAAGAGAGACAGCACUUCUUAGUCAUUCUCAUAUUCAAAUGUGUAUAUUCUGUCUUUUCAUUCCACCCCUGCCACGCCAAACACACAGACUACUUUGAAUGGAAUUUGCAUUGCUUUAGCCAGAAAGAAUAACAAGGUUAAUGUGGGGGAAGAGUGUUCCUUAUCAUCCCCUUUGCCUGGUUCCUCAACUUUCUUUGUGUGAUUGGUUGAGCAACUAUGUUCCAAAAGAUAGCAUAGAAAUGGACCAGUUUUUGUAAUCUGCUCCAUAAAAAGGCUACUUAUAAGCAAUGUUAUAAAAUGUUCAGAUGAUCACUUCUCCCAGACAUAAAAGGGCAAGCUGCAAGAAACGUUUGCUUUUAUAAGCCCACAAAGCUUAUCUUUUCUCCAAAGAAAAACAUAAUUGAUGUACAUGUUGGGAUCCAUUUAUAGCACCAGCGAGCAAGGAGUUAACUAACCAGCCCUUUAAAAGAGGAAAUGAAGGCGUCCACUGUCUAAUUAUACUGAAAGCACUGCACAAUUAUGACUAAAAGCAGAGAAGUAUCAAGGAGUGUCUAACUUUGAGCUGAUUUACUUUCCUGGUGCCUUUUGAAGAUUUAAGAUGUUGCACAAUAUAGCUCUGCUGUCCACUGUUACUGUUUUGGGUGUGCUGGAACAAGCCUAUUUUGCCAUUCAGGUGAUCGCCUUUCGGAGGAAGUUCAAAGUCUCUCCUCCCAUCAUUUCAGGCCCACCAGAAUUUGAAAGGAUCUUCAGAGCACAAGCAAACUGCUCAGAAUAUUUCCCAAUAUUUCUGUCCCUGUUAUGGGUGGCUGGAAUCUUUUCCCAUCAAGUUUUGGCUGCAUUCUGUGGAGUAAUUUACCUGUAUGCUCGCUAUCAAUACUUUAGAGGAUAUGCACAUUCUGCUGAAAGAAGAUUGGGCCCCAUGUAUUUCAGCGCUGCAGUUCUUUUCAUUCUUAUUGGCUUGUCCAUGGUGGGAUUACUCGUCCAUUUUGUGCGAUACUUCUGAUUUCUCAACAGUGCUUUGAAAUCCCUUUCAACUGACAAAAUACUCAGUGAUUUGCGCCUUAGUUGUCAACUUUCAUUUCUCCUUUUUCCCCCCAAAUUAAAAUAGUUUUGCACACCAGCCUUUUCAAACUAUAAUUUUAUAGAAAUCUAUUUUUGUUUUCUGUUAAUGUUUCCCCAUAGUGGUAUUGUUAUAUCUAUUUCCUGUGGUUAAAAAAAAAAAAGUUAAGUUGUAACAGAUAUACUUACAAAGUAAAAUUCUGAAUAAUACAUGAUAUACCAUUAGGCUAGUCUGAUGCUUUGAACAAGGACCGUGAGGUAUCAAGGUUUGGAUUUAGUGCUGUUGGAAUCAAAGGCUUAUAUUAAGAUGUUAUGCUCACGUUAUACUGGAAGACAACCAGAAUUAAAUUAGUCAAACUAAUUUGAAAUGAUUGGUUAGGAACCAUGGAUGAAACUGAGGUUUCUUUUAAAGAACCCUUAUUGGGCUUUUCUCAGAAAAGGCACAUCCAGUUGCAGGAAUUGGGUUAGAUAUGAAUAAGCUGAUGAAAAGGUUUACUUUUUUAUUGUAGUUUUCAAUUAUUAAGCUAAUUUUGUCUUCAUUAUUAUUCUAAUUGUUUUCACCUCACAGGAGGUUGUUAGUUCAAUCCUAGGUAGCUUUGACAGAUAUUUCUCUCUGUGGGUGUAAUGAGAAAAUAUCUGCUGUGAGCUCCGCAU